AUGGGCCCUCGGUGCCGCAACCUCUCUGCGCUCCUGCUGCUGCUGCUGCAGGUCUCAUCGUGGCUCUGCCAGGAGCCGGAGCCCUGCAUUCCUGGCUUUGGCGCUGAGAGUUACACGUUCACAGUGCCCCGGCGGAACUUGGAGAGAGGGCGAGUCCUGGGCAGAGUGAGUUUUGAAGGAUGUGCUGGCCUACCAAGGACAGUCUAUGUUUCUGACGACACCCGAUUCAAAGUGCACACAGAUGGCAUGGUUACAGUCAAGCGGCCUGUGCACCUUCAUCGUCCAGAGCUAAGUUUUCUUAUCCAUGCCUGGGACUCCACCCACAGGAAGCUCUCCACCAAAGUGACACUGAAGUUGUCAGCGCACCACCAUCACCACCACCAUCAUCAUGACUCUCCUUCUGGAACCCAGAUGGAAGUACUCACAUUUCCCAGCCCCCACCAUGGUCUCAGGAGACAGAAGAGAGACUGGGUUAUUCCUCCUAUCAGCUGCCCAGAAAAUGAGAAAGGCCCAUUUCCUAAGGCACUGGUCCAGAUCAAAUCUAACAGGGAUAAAGAAACCCAAGUUUUCUACAGCAUCACUGGCCAAGGAGCUGACACACCCCCUGUCGGUGUUUUUAUUAUUGAGAGAGAAACAGGAUGGUUAAAAGUGACACAGCCUCUGGAUAGAGAACACAUUGCCAAGUACAUCCUCUUCUCUCAUGCUGUGUCUUCAAACGGACAAGCUAUUGAGGAGCCUAUGGAGAUUGUGAUCACCGUGACCGACCAGAAUGACAACAAGCCCCAGUUCACCCAGGAGGUCUUCAAGGGGUCUGUCCUGGAAGGCGCUCUUCCAGGAACCUCUGUGAUGCAGGUCACAGCCACAGAUGCAGAUGACGAUGUGAACACCCACAAUGCUGCCAUCGCUUACAAAAUCCUCACCCAAGAGCCCACGCUGCCGCACGACCAAAUGUUUACCAUCAACAGGGAAACGGGCGUCAUCAGUGUGCUCACCACCGGGCUAGACCGGGAGAGUUUUCCCACAUACACCCUGGCGGUCCAAGCAGCAGACCUUAACGGCGAAGGCUUGAGCACAACUGCAACAGCCGUGAUCACAGUCCUGGACACCAACGAUAAUGCUCCCAGAUUUGACCCGACCACGUACGUGGGGUCAGUGCCUGAGAACGAGGCUAACGUGGCCAUCACCACACUCACAGUGACCGAUGCCGAUGUCCCCAGCACCCCAGCAUGGGAGGCUGUUUACACAGUAUUAAAUGAUAACGAGAAGCAAUUUAUCGUUGUCACGGACCCAGUCACCAAUGAAGGCACUCUGAAAACAGCUAAGGGCUUGGAUUUUGAGGCCAAGCAGCAGUACAUCCUGUACGUGGCAGUGACCAACGUGGCCCCCUUUGAAGUCACUCUCCCCACGUCCACGGCCACCGUCACCGUGGACGUGAUAGAUGUGAAUGAAGCCCCCAUCUUUGUACCUCCUCAAAAGAGAGUGGAAGUGCCCGAGGACUUUGGCGUGGGCCUGGAGAUCACAUCCUAUACCGCCCGGGAGCCAGACACAUUUAUGGAACAGAAGAUCACGUAUCGGAUUUGGAGGGACGCUGCCAACUGGCUGGAGAUUAAUCCGGACACAGGUGCCAUUUCCACUCGGGCUGAGUUGGACAGAGAGAAUGCCGAGCAUGUGAAGAACAGCACGUACACGGCCCUCAUUAUAGCCACUGACAAUGGUUCUCCGCCUGCCACUGGGACAGGCACCCUGCUCCUGUUCCUCGAUGAUGUAAAUGACAAUGGCCCUGUACCAGAACCCCGGGUCAUGGACUUCUGCCAGAGGAAUCCCGAGCCUCACAUCAUCAACAUCAUUGAUCCCGAUCUCCCCCCGAACACCUCCCCCUUCACAGCAGAACUGACACACGGGGCGAGUGUCAACUGGACCAUUGAGUACAAUGACCAAGAACGUGAAUCUCUGAUUUUGAAGCCAAAGAAAACCUUAGAGGUGGGUGACCACAAAAUCAAUCUCAAGCUCAUAGACAACCAGAACAAAGACCAGGUGACCACACUUGACGUGCACGUGUGUGACUGUGAUGGGAUUGUCAGCAACUGCAGGAAGGCCACAGUUUAUGGCGAAGCAGGAUUGCAAGUUCCCGCCAUCCUGGGAAUCCUCGGAGGCAUCCUUGCUUUUCUGAUCCUUAUUCUGCUGCUUCUGCUACUUGUUCGGAGGAGAAGGGUGGUCAAAGAACCCUUACUGCCCCCAGAAGAUGACACGCGGGACAACGUGUAUUACUAUGAUGAAGAAGGAGGUGGAGAAGAAGACCAGGACUUUGACUUGAGCCAAUUACACAGGGGCCUGGAUGCUCGGCCUGAAGUGACUCGCAAUGACGUGGCACCAACCCUCAUGAGUGUGCCCCAGUACCGACCCCGCCCUGCCAAUCCUGAUGAAAUUGGAAACUUUAUUGAUGAAAACCUGAAGGCAGCUGAUACUGACCCCACUGCCCCACCCUAUGACUCUCUGCUGGUGUUUGAUUAUGAAGGAAGUGGUUCUGAAGCUGCUACUCUGAGCUCCCUGAACUCCUCAGAGUCAGACCAAGACCAGGACUAUGAAUACCUGAAUGAAUGGGGCAAUCGCUUCAAGAAGCUGGCGGACAUGUAUGGAGGUGGCGAGGAUGACUAA